UCCUAUAUAUAAUAGAUAGAACUCCUAUAUAAUGUUUAGGAUUUCCAUGAAAUGACACCCAUCAAUUCACUUGCAAGAAGACAUUCGAGCUUUACUAAAUAUUCCACAACAGAAGCCGAGUCUGGUGUCCAAUCAAACUUAUAG